GCUGGGAACUGGAAUGGUCGCUGUGAAGAAGCUAUUCGAAACGUUUGAUGUUAAGGAGAAACGUUUUAAUGAAGAGGUUGAUUGUCUAAUGGGUGCGAAGCACAAAAAUAUAGUGCGCUUUCUAGGAUAUUGUUCUCACACACGAAGCAUAGAGGCAAUGUAUGAGGGAAAGUUUGUUAUGGCUGAUGAACGACAAAGAUUGCUCUGCUUUGAGUAUCUACCCAGAGGGAGUCUUGAUAAGUAUAUCACUGGAGCAUUUUGUGUACUUGAGUGGAGAAAGUGCUACGAAAUUAUCAAAGGAAUCUGCAAAGGCUUACAUUAUCUCCAUGUGAAGCAGCAUAUUGUACACUUGGAUCUUAAGCCUACCAAUAUAUUGUUGGAUGAUAUGAUGGUUCCAAAAAUUGCCGAUUUCGGUCUAUCGAGACGCUUUGGUGAAAAACAAAGCCAAACUUUUACCUCAAAAUUGUUUGGAACUUUGGGAUACAUGGCACCGGAGUUUCUCAAUGGACAAAUUACAUUCAAGUUAGACAUUUAUAGUCUUGGCGUUAUAAUCAUAGAAAUGAUGACGGGAAAAAAGGGAUAUCAUGAUGUUGAAGAUGUACUUGAUAUCUGGAGGGGUAGGCUUCAGAAAUCACGGCAAGAGAUACAUAUGGAGCAAAUAAGAGUAUGCGCCCAGAUAGGAAUAGAGUGCAUUGAUAAUAACCCAGCAAAGAGACCAGUUACACAACGCAUAAUCGAUAGGCUUGAUGAAACAGAAAGUAGGGGCGGCUUGAUCGAAGCUAGUGGGAGUAGUCUAUCACUUCCGCAGGUAAGUUCACCAACUGCACCACUCAUUUUUAAGAUCUUUUGUACAUCUUUUGUUCCUAGCCGAUCGAUGAGGUGCUGUUUUGUUGAUUAUGACACGAGAACAAUUUUGCAGGGAAGUUAUGUAUUAGUAAGGCACUUAGGCCAAGGGAACCUCUCCAAGGUAUAUUAUGCUCGGGAUUGUAACUCUGGAAUAGGUGUUGCAAUAAAGGUGAUUGAUAAGGAUACGCUCUCGAGGGUUGGGCUAAUGGUGCAGAAAGAAAUGGAGGUUUCAAUAGUGAGAAAGAUAAGUCAUCCAAACGUUGUGCGUCUUUCCAAGGUAAUGGCUAGCAAGAGCAAGAUGUAUCUGGUUUUGGAGUAUGCUGGAGGUGGCGAGCUGUUGAAGAAAAUAUCGGAGGGAAAGUUUAGUGAGGGUGUCGCGAGGGGUUACUUCUACCAGUUGAUCAGUGCUGUGGGCUAUUGCCACAGCCGAGGUGUUUAUCAUGGUGACAUGAAGCCAGAAAACCUACUUUUGGAUUAUGAUGGCAAUCUGAAAGUCUCCGGUUUUGGUAUAAGUGCCCUAGCUGAGCCCAAAAGACAUGAUGGCCUUCUCCAUACCACCUGUGGAACCUCAGCUUUUGAAGCUCCUGAAAUGCUUAGCAAGAAAGGCUAUGACGGUGCAAAGGCUGACAUAUGGUCAUGUGGAGUAAUUCUGUUAGUGAUGUUGGCUGGUUACCUUCCUUUCCAGGACACAAAUCUUAUAAAUAUGUAUAUGAAGAUCUCCAGCGCUGAAUAUAGAUGUCCUCGUCCUUUGUCAGCUGAGCUGAAGGAGUUACUAUCUUUGAUUCUUGAUCCAGAUCCAAUUGCUAGAGCUUCAGCCUCAAAGGUAAUGAGAAGCGCUUGGUUCAGAAAACACACUGAUGUAAACAGACUGAAGAUGAAACAUGAAACAACAGACAAUGUUUACAAAGGUCAAAACAAAGCCUCCGACUUGACAGAAUGCAGUAAUUCAAUGGUUAGCCAAGCGUCAUCGCGCCUCACAAACUUGAAUGCUUUUGACCUGAUUUCUCUUUCAGCGGGAUUUGACUUAUCCAAUUUGUUGGAAGAGAAGUAUGACCAGAGGAAUGACACAUUCACAACUAGGCAGCCAGCAGAGACUAUAUUUACCAAGCUGAAUGAACUGGCCAAGCGACUGAAGCUUAAAAUUAUGAAGGCAAAAAACGGUGUUUUAAAAUUCGGAGUACAAAAGGAAGGAAUGAAAGGAUUUGUUGAGUUUCGCGCAGAGGUUUCUGAGCUUGCGCCUUAUUUCCUAUUAGUUGAGUUCCGAAAGACCCAUGGAGACACUAUAGAGUAUAAACAACUGAUGAAAGAGGAAAUAAGGCCUGCACUUAAGGAUGUGGUUUGGGCGUGGCAAGGUGAUUCUCUCCCGCUCGCUGAGAAAUGUAUCCAAGGAGAGCAGCAGCUGCUGCAGAAGCAGUCACCUUUGCCAUCACAACAGCCACAGGAGUGGAGUAAUUAA